GCCUGACAGACCUGACGCGGGGAACAGCCCCAGCCACAGUAGAAUGCGCGGGCCACAUACAAAUUGUAAACAGCGCCAUUGUUGUGUUUGACCCUAAUGUUAAUAAUCCAGCGAGGGAACAGCUUGUGACGCCGCGUUUAUAUGAGUGUGUACGUGUCUGUUGACGCGACUUCAACCGAAACAACAGGGGAUGCUUAACAAAAUAAACGACAUGAUAACUAGUUAGCUAGCUGCUAACUCCUCGCGCUGUGGGAAAACACUCGUGUAACGUGACCGUUGAGAAGACGACACGGCUGGCGACGGCAAUGGCGAAUAAAUACCCCAGCCUGAGGCGACCAAAGAGGAAGCUCUGCUACCUUACAAACAAAGACAGUGGGUCUACAAAAUGGACAGGAAGCAUAACACUUGGAGAUGUUGAUAGGAUGUUUGAUGACUUAGAUUCAUCCUCACAUGAUGAUGGCCCGUUGUCAUCGCCUCCUCUGCUCCAGACCACUGAUCCCAGGACACAACACAGUGACGGAGCGGCUUCACCGGUCCCACAGGAGGGACACCAAUCUAAAAAACUUCCACCACGUGAAAAGGGUCCUGAAGGAACUGUCCUUCCUGCAAUGAGGUCAACCAGUCCUCAACGGGACAUAGACUCAGACAUAUUCAAACUGCAUGAGCCAGUAAAGACAUCCAGUCCUAUUGAAGAAAUUAUAAAUGUAGUGGAUGUAGAAGAGGACAAUGAUGGAAAACAAGUUGUGUCUCCAAUCCUCUUUGACUGUGAAGAGGAACGAAGAGAGGAGGCAAAGAUACAGCUGCCAACCGUCCAAGAACCCCAGGUCAAAGGGCAUGAAACCGAAAUAAUUGAUGACUCUGAUUUGGAGAUGCCUCCAAGCAAGUUUGCUUUCAAAAGACCCACACUGUCCACUCACAAAAACAAGGUGGACGCGUCAUGCAAAGACGGUCAACCAGUCACAGAAAAAACACAGGAGAAAUCACACACAGCCGUUUUCGAGCGCAAAAGAAAUACACAGAGACAAGGAAACACAGACAAGUCUGUUGCAGCAGUGACACAGGAGCCUGAACUUGCAACUUCUGACAAAAAGUCAACAAGUGUUCACAGUCAGUCUCUGGGUGAGAUGUCCACUCGCGUGGGAAAAGACAUGUCAGUGUUUCUACAGAAGCUCAGAGAUGCUGGUCAGUCCAAACCUGCAUGUGGCAGGAAGUCGCUGACACCGGUUAAAGUUCCUGCUCCUCCUCCCGAGCCAGAGGAAGAUUUCCUGAUUUUGGAUGAUGACGCACCUCUGUGGUUCACCAUCCCAAGUAAAACUGCCACAAGUAAGAGACAGAAGCAGAGCAGAAGUGACAGCUCAGACAAAGACAGCUCAAAAGACAAGGCAGCAAAGGACAGUCCGCAGGAGACUGGACAAAAAGAGGUGGAAUCAGAACAGACUGAACUUGGAAUUCAUCCGCUUGAUCUGUCAACAAAUAGGAAAAAAAGGUCACAGAAGAAGAAUAAAGUGACCGAGCCUGGAAAUGAUAAGGAUGAAUUGACUACUCCUGAAGAUCUUCCUGCAGGUGACUUGGUGGAACAAGAGAAACCAAAUAAAAAGAAACGGCAACAACAACUCAAAAAGAUUCCAUCCAAAGAGAGUGACAAGGCAGAUGAGGAACCUAAAGACACAGCCAGCAGGGAAACUGAUAAAGAAAAACAGAAAACGGAAAAUAAGAAAAGGUCAAAGUCUUCAAAAGAUGGGAAAGAAACGGCCAAGACGAACACGGCUAAAUUGUUAAAGCGGAACAGGAAAGUGAUGCAGAGUUCUGAAGAAGUACAGGAGACAGCGAUUGAUGAGGCUGUGAAGGAACAAAGUGAAGAUCACAACAAUAAGAAUCCUGGAGAUGUGGAAGACUUGAGUUCUCUGUCAGACAAACAAAUCAUGAAUUCUGAUUCACAAACAGCAAAGGAUUCAACAGAUGGAGAGGCUAAACACAACAAACGGCCCGUUGUGACUGAGUCAAGUUCAUCUGAAGAAAGUCAGAGUCUUGGGAAAAGGAAAAGAAAACCAAUUGGACAGUGGUGGAUGAGCUGUCCUCAGAGCACAGAGGAAACCAAGGUCACAGACAACCACCUUACACAUAAGAGGUCCAAACAGCACAGCAAAGAGCCCAGCGCAGCAGAAGCUUCACCUGGAAAGACUAAGAAGGACAAAGUUUUAAAAAAAAGAAAUCAGAAACGGCCGGUAACGUCGUUCAGACAGAGCACAGCUAAAGGUAAAGAAAAGAAAACCAGACAAAACAAAAACAGAGCUGCAGGAGGAGAAGCACCAAACAAAAUGAGAGCGACAGACGAAGUGUUAAACACGACAGACACUGAGCAGAUUGAAGAGCAGCAGGAGGAGAAGGAGGACGUCCUGGAUCAGGACCUGGAUUGUGGGCGGUCAAGCCCUAUGGUCUUUCAAGAGAGAGACCUCAGUCAAAACUCAGUGUCUGUCUCUCCCAGGGGACCUCAGGAGCAUCUCAGGGCAGCAGAUCCAGAGAAACGGAGGAGGAAACCUCCCAGUAACUGGUGGACGACGAAUAGCAUGUCUGAGGAGAUGGAGAGCGGCUCCUCACAUCCUCAGCAGCUUAAACCCAAGGAGUCCAAACCUCCUAAUGAAAGAAAAAAACUUUCCAAACAGAAACCGAGCAGGUCUCCUGGACUUAGAACUCCCAAAAAAGGCAAAGUGGUGGUCACAUCCAAAACACCAGGGGGAGCUGAUGUGCCUCUAAUGAAACCGAAGCCGAUGUUCGCUCCAAAGACCGUCAAACACUCUCUGGCGACAUUUAAAGACAUUUUCACUUCGGUUUCAGAGACCCCGACUGUGGUCCGCAGCAGAGACACAGGUUACAAUGACAGAUGUGGUAUCACUGCACAACCUGCAGAUGUUUCUGUCACUGAGUGUGUUACAGUCAGUCAGACUGAUAAAGACACACACAGCGUGGAUGCUGGUGAAUUCAGCAGCGCACAAAACAGCCCCCCCACCCACAAUAGCCCACAGGACAGCAGGUGUCAGCCAGAGAACACGUUAAAAGACCUGAGAAGUGGACCAUCCUCUAUGAUUGAGCUUCAAGACUAUGAGAACUGUGACGACUUGUCUCUGCAGCCAUCCAGCGUCCCUGGUGCCCUCUCUGUGUCAGAUCUCUGCGCUCCUCCUCUCAAACCGCUGAUCUUGCAGCAGAAGGACAAGGCCGACCUGACGGAGUGGUUUAAGACUCUCUGGUCUUCCACUGUUGAUGAUGAUGGUGAGAUCACUCCGGAUCACUUUGACUGGUACUUCUACAAAGGCAGAGUUUGUGGCUUCCAGGUGGAUUUGAACAGUGGCUCCAUCUGUAAUGGAAAGAUUCUGCUGGGCUCCUACAUGAAGAAACCUCUGUGGGUGGAUCACAGCGCCACCACGGUUUUUAACAUAUUAACGAGCUCUGUUGCUGUAAUCAUUGAUGGCAAGAAGUCACAACUCAACCCAGGACAAGCAUUCAUGGUGCAGAGUGGACACGCCUACAGCAUCCACAAUGUCACGGCUCAGCCCGCAGUUCUCUACUUCACCAGGAUAUUAGCAGAAAGUUCAGAGUGAAGUUGGCAGCUGGAUUAAAAUCCACUCACAUAUUCCUAUCCAAUGACCAGACGCUUUCGGAGGUUAAAACCAGACUGGAGCUGUGGGACGUUUCUUUGUAUUUUCAUUUACUCACAUUCCGUAUUGAAAAUUGAAAAGAUGUAAAUAGGAAAAAAAAUUGCUGUAAUUUUGUUCUUAAAGUUAGAUAUGCUCCAAGCAUUUGAUAAAACACAUUGAAAAUGAUUUGUAAAUAAAAUCUUAGUGCUUUUUGUUACCUUGAGUUUUAUUUGGCCAUUUCUCCAUGAUUGUGCAUUUCAUGUUUUUAGCCUCUAGGGGUCAGUGUACAGCUGCAGUCUCAUUGUUUGGAUAUGGUUUUAGUCAGGAUGCAAAACAAGAUCUGUCUGUUU